CGUUUUAAACUACUGAUGCCUGGGACUCACCGCCAGAGCGUUUAGUUAGUCUGACCCGGACCUGGGUCGGAUUCUCAAAAGCUGUAAUGGGCCGUGGAGUUUGAGAGGCAGUACUUGACGCCACUUAGUGUCCCCUAGCCUUUUCUCUUCGUUUUCUUCUCAGGAUCCUAUCUUUCUACGGGUCCUCCGGCUCAGCCUUAUUCCCGAGGUUGCUACCAGCCCCGCCCCCUCUCACAAAAGACCACCUGUCCCUCUUCUGCGUCCCAGUAGUGACAGGACUGCUGCUGACGAGGAUGUGCUUUAGCUUGGUGUCAAAGAUAGAGAUGGAAUCAUCCUGUUUUAUCCUAGAUCCAGCUGCCAUUGCUUUGGAGACUCAUUGCGUUUAGAAAAGUGACUUUAUGUGGUGGGAAGGACAGCUGUUAUAAUAUGAUGCAGUGCGUUGCUGCUGGGCAUCAGAUUGUUGCUUUAGCAAACCUAAGACCUGCUGAAAACCAAGCGGGGUCAGAUGAACUGGAUAGCUACAUGUAUCAGACAGUGGGUCACCAUGCCAUUGAUUUGUAUGCGGAAGCGAUGGCUCUGCCCCUCUAUCGCCGUACCAUCAGGGGAAAGAGUGUGGAUACGGGACCAGUGUACGCCAAAUGUGAAGGUGAUGAGGUUGAAGAUCUCUAUGAGCUUUUGAAACUUGUUAAGGAAAAAGAAGAAGUAGAGGGAAUAUCAGUAGGUGCUAUACUCUCUGACUAUCAGCGUGUUCGAGUAGAAAAUGUGUGUAAAAGGCUUAAUCUCCAGCCUUUAACUUACCUUUGGCAGAGAAACCAGGAAGAUUUGCUCCAAGAGAUGAUAUCAUCUAACAUUCAAGCAAUCAUCAUAAAAGUAGCAGCUCUAGGUUUAGAUCCAGAUAAGCAUCUUGGAAAAACCUUGGAUCAAAUGGAGCCCCAUCUCUUAGAGCUUUCUAAGAAAUAUGGAGUCCAUGUUUGUGGAGAAGGUGGAGAAUAUGAAACGUUCACUUUGGAUUGCCCUCUAUUUAAGAAGAAAAUAAUUGUAGAUUCAUCAGAAGUAGUCACACAUUCAGCUGAUGCAUUUGCACCUGUGGCUUACCUACGCUUUUUAGAAUUGCACUUGGAGGAUAAGGUGUCCCCAGUACCUGACAACUGCAGAACAUCUAAUUAUAUACAUAACUCUUGAAAAACAUUUUUGUUACUAACCUGCUAUUUCUAUGUAAUUUAAAAAAUUACAUAGCAUUGUCUUGAUUAUUUUGUACCACUUUUUCUCAUCACCCUUUUUUUUUAAUUCUUAGAAACAUUUACUUUAUCAGAAAUUAAUAGAACCAUUGAUUGGUUAACACAUCCUGUGCAUCAUCUCUGGGAACUUUUUCUUUUCCCCUUUACUUCAUCUGCAGUCCUCACCUCUUAACAUUCCUUUGCCUUCAUCACCCUAGUUUAUUUUCUUUUUCUUGUUUCUGCUCUCAUCUCAGCCAAUGAUACCAUGAUGCAAAGGCAUUUGAAAAUGAAGAUGAAAAAGCAACCACUAUAUUUAGUUAAUCACAUUUACUAGGUGUCAUCAUUUUUGUUCAUAAUAUAUUCAUUGUUUCAACAUUACUGGACAAUCAGGAAGAAUACCAUUAGCUCUUAUUGGUUAUUUUAUAACUGAUUAAAAACACACAAUUUUUCAGUGUUA